AUGGGGGACCAUCGGCAAAGUUUGCUUGAUAACCACCGCACCUCGGAGUCCGAGGGCAGGUCAGAGAGGGAGCAGUACAGUGAUGCUCUGGGCCUCCAGAGCACUGUGUAUGAGAGCCAAGGGUCAAAGGACUCCAAGUACCAGGACCUAGACGAUGGAGAACCGGGGUUCGAAGACCAAGAAGAGGAAAUUCCCCCUGAGGAGUUGACCGAGGAGGAAUUUCUAGAUGUCAAGGACCCAGGAGAGGCCCUCCCAGAGCCGGAGACGGUUCUGGAGAAAGACAAGGAGGAGGAUGUGCCUGAGAUGAGCCGGCUAUCCAUCAACCAGAGGUUCCCUGGCACCUCUGUGAUGAGAGGGAGGAAGAAGAGAAGGAGGCUUUCUGAGCUGGCAAAACCCAAGACCAACUGGCAAGUCUUGAAAGACAGGAUGGGCUGCUGCUGUAAGGGCUAUGCCUGGAUCUCCCCAUGCAUGAAGAGCUUGCAGUUCUGUGUCUACUGGCCAUCUGUGUACUGGACGGAGAGGUUUCUGGAAGACACCACCCUCACUGUCACCAUACCUGCAGUGUCCCGCCGAGUGGAGGAACUGGCUCGACCUAAAAUGUUCUACUCGGAGUUUUACAACAACAACAGGACUACCGCCAUCCUGCCCAUUCCUCGGUCUACCUUGGAACACCAAGCAUCCAGUCGCCUGAGGGAACUGGCCACCCCGAAGGUCCGGAAUAACGUUUGGAGCAUAAACAUGUCUGAGGUGUCUCAGGUGUCCAGGGCAGCCCAGAUGGCCAUCCCCAGUUCAAGGGUCCUCCAGUUGGCAAAGCCCAGGAUUCCAGCCACCCUGUUGGAAGAAUGGGACCCUGUGCCAAAACCCAAGCCACACACAUCAGACUAUAAUCGGCUCCUUCAGUUGGCCAUGCCCAAGGCCCCGUCAGAGAAGUGUAUUCCUGACCGAAAUCCAUGCUGGGAGGUGCUGGAUGUCACCAAGAAGGCGGUGGCCAGUCCCCGGAUCAUCUCUCUGGCCAAACCCAAAGUACGCAAGGACCUCAAUGAGGGCUAUGACAGGCAUCCCCUCGCCUGUAUGAGCUUGCCACCCCCAAAAGCAUUACCAAAAAAGUGUGAGUGA